AUGGCUAGAGAAAGCAACGCGCCAUUGGAACCCCUCACUCCAGGGGGAAAACCGAACUCUCAGCCUCACCCUGCCCAUAUCCAGGAACCUGAAUUCGGAAAACCCUCGCCGAUCGGCCCCCCACAACACAGAUCGAACCAUCUUUUCAACAUUCCCAAGCCGAAUCAAUCUCGUGCCGAGCAUCAUCGACCUGCACCUCGACCGCAGCCGCAACAUCAACCACAAUCACGCCACCAAGGUCAAUCAAGUGCUACACCUCACGCUUACCGCCCACAGGGCACGUCGGGUGGCCCAUUUGCUACGCCGUCGGUGAAGCGAAGCGAGCCAUGGGAUCCAUUCAAGCCGGUGGCACCAUCGGCCUACAAUAACCCUCGUGGAGGAUUCCAACAUGGUGCAGUGAGCAUCAAGCGCCCUGAAAAUGUCACUUGGUCAACACCUCGGGCCCCUAGACCUAUAUACCAGUCUAAGCCUCUUCCGCCGAUGGCAGGCGCGUCGAAGAACAUACAGAAAUUUAUCGAUCUCACGCGCGAUGACACUGAUCCUGUUCCAAGGGCGUCAGCCUAUGCGACGCAGGGCUUCGGUGCCAUGGAUAUGAAUGGCUACGUGGAUACGGCUAUGGCGCAAGAAAACAUCAAAGCCUUGCUUGAAGGUGCGUUCGAGGACGAGGAGGACAAGCCUAAGCCGAAACGUAAGGGGAAGAAAAAGAAGGGUGGGAAGAAGAAGUCCAAGAACACAUCAGAGAAGGAGAAAGAUGAAGUUGUUGUGGAUAAGAAGAAGGAAGAAGCGAUUGACGACCUUGAUGAUCUUGCCGCUCAACUGCAAGGGGUCACGGUUAAUGAUCCGAAAGAAGAUAGUGCCAAGUCUGAAAAUGAUUCAUCUGCCAAGGUUGGGCAAGACGAAGGAGACGAUGAGGCAGCAGAGGAGGAAGAAGAGGAGGACGAGGAGGAUUCCGACGAAGAAGAAGAUGGAGUCGUCGAAGGUCUCAAAGUGACACUCCUUCCCCAUCAAAUCGACGGUGUAAGAUGGAUGUGUGACAAAGAGACUGGUCGAAAGACGUCCAAAGGAAUUUUUCCCAAGGGCGGAAUCCUUGCAGAUGAUAUGGGUUUGGGCAAAACAGUGCAAGCGAUCGCUUUGUUGCUCAAAAACCGUAAAUCCGAUCACGAACACGAUAGCGAUGCCGAAUCCGAGGGUAAGACGACCAAGCUGCCCCCGAAUUGCAUUUCUUCCACCUUGGUAAUUGCGCCCCUUGCACUCAUCAAGCAAUGGGAGGCAGAAAUCAAGGACAAGGUUGAGCCAUCCCACAAGCUGCGUGUUUGCGUCUAUCACGGUGCAAACCGAACAAAGACAUCGACGACAUUGGACAAAUACGACGUUGUGAUCACAACAUAUGGAACUCUUACCUCCGAAUUCAACUCGUCAGCAUCAGACAAGGCCAAAAAAGCAGGAAUUUUUGCUGUUCAUUGGUACCGUAUCAUCCUUGAUGAAGCACACACAAUCAAGAAUCGCAAUGCCAAAGCCACACAAUCAGCAUAUGCAUUGGAUGCUCAAUACCGCUGGUGCUUGACAGGAACGCCUUUGCAAAACAACCUGGAUGAGUUGCAGAGUCUAAUCAAAUUCCUUCGAGUGAAGCCCUAUGAUGACUUGGCUGCUUGGAGAGACCAAAUCAGUCGGCCUUUGAACAAUGGCCGCGGGGGCCUGGCUAUUCAGCGACUACAGGUCUAUCUGAAGGCCUUCAUGAAACGGCGCACCAAGGAUGUCCUCAGGCAGAACGACAAUGUGAAGCCUGGUGAAGAAGGACCAGACGGCAAGCCAAAGAAGUCCGCGAAUGGAUUCCACAUCGCCAAGCGUGAGGUCAUCAAGGUAGAUGCCGAAUUCAUGCCUGGUGAAUUAAACUUCUACAAACGUCUCGAGCAGAGGACGGAGAAUAGCCUUGAAAAAAUGAUGGGUAGUGAUAAGGUCGAUUAUGCUGGAGCUUUGGUUCUGCUGCUACGUCUUCGUCAGGCUUGUAACCACCCCGACUUGGUCAAGGGUGAUUUGGCCAAGGACAAGGAUAUUCUCUUGCAGAAUGGCAGUGCGAGCAGCCAACAAACACAGUCAAAGCCAGAUGACCUUGACAGCAUCGCCGAUCUUUUCGGGGCAAUGAGCGUUAUUGCAAAGAAAUGCGAUGUUUGCCAGACGGACCUGAGUCCAAACGAAAUCAAGGCUGGUGGCAGUCGAUGCGGUGAAUGUGAAGCCGAUUUGAAUACCAAUGUUAUCGGGACAGACAAAAAGAAAAAGAAGUCGAAGAAGAGCCACAAGAAACUUGAUGUUCUGGACUCUCCGACAGCCCGCAAAUCUGAUGCACAACUUUCUCGUUCCCGCAAAAAUCGACCAAUCAUUAUUGACAGCGACGAUGAAGAGGAAGAAGAAGGCGACUGGGUUGUACCUGAACAUCAGCGCAAUAUUCCCAGCCUCGGGAAAGCAGGUGGAUCAGACGAUGAAAACGCCGAAGGAGGUGGUGAAUGGCUUGUUUCGGAUGACGACGAUGAAAGCGAUGAUGAGAUCGAAUCACCCUCCCGAAGGAAGAGCAAACCUAUAGUUUUGAGCGAUUCCGAGGAUGAAAGCGAUUCCGAAACGGAGGAUAUCUACAAUGAUGAAGGAGCAAACGGAGAGCUUCCAUCCACCAAGAUCCGCCACCUUAUGCGGAUUCUCAAUCGCGAGGCACCGGACUUCAAGUUCAUUGUUUUCUCCGUCUUUACGUCUAUGCUUGAUAAGGUCGAGCCCUUCUUGAAGAGUGCUAAUAUUGGCUUCGCCCGCUACGACGGUGGAAUGGCAAAUAACCACCGCGAGGCCAGUCUCGAAAAGCUUCGAAACAACAGUGGCACUCGUGUGUUGCUCUGCAGUCUGCGUGCCGGUGCAUUAGGCCUCAAUCUUACAGCUGCUAGCCGUGUCGUCAUCUUAGAGCCCUUCUGGAAUCCCUUUGUGGAAGAGCAAGCCAUCGAUCGUGUCCAUCGCCUGAACCAAACCGUCGACGUCAAGAUCUACAAGAUGGUCAUCAAGGGUAGCGUGGAAGAACGCAUUGUCGCCCUACAGGACCGCAAGCGCGAACUGGCCAAUGCCACUAUUGAGGGCAAGACCGGCGCUGGCAAGCUCACCAUGCGCGACAUGAUGGCGCUCUUCGGUCGUGAUGCAGAAUCCAAAUUCACGGAUAACCAGACCACCCUGGAUUUCAACCAGCCUACUCGACUGCUAAAUACUGGAGAUGAGACGGAGCCUGCUCAAUCCUCUCGGGAGUCAUCACAGUCUGCCCCACGCAGCCAGGGAAGCCAGGGCCAGCCUAACCGGGAGCGACAUGAACACUCCGUUUAUGGUCGACGCUGGUAA